AUGGCUUACGAUCCGGAAAAAGGCCUCGACGAGGCUAACAUCACCACCGUUGACGAAAAUUCCUCAGGGAGGUCCGCCGAUAAUGAAAUUUUCGAGCAGGGGACUGGCCCUUUCGCCAGGAUGCGCGCGUUUGAGGCGCGAAUGGACAAGAAAUUGGGUAUUGAGUCUGAGGCCAUCACUCGCAAACGGCCCGAGGAGAAGAGAAAGGUCCAUUGGGUGGAGGAAUUAUCCAUGGCAUUGCUCUGGGCCAGUGGUACCAUGAACACCUCUUGCUUCGCGACUGGAUUUCUUGGAUGGGAAUUUGGAUUGACUCUCAAGCAAUCAAUUCUACUCACUAUUUUCGCCUCCAUGAUUGCUUCCUGCCUUACCGGAUUUUGCGCGACUUUUGGUGCCGCGACUGGUUUGCGCCAGAUCAGUGUGAGUCGAUACAGUUUCGGUUGGUGGCCAAAUAAGUUGGUCGCCAUAUUGAAUGGUAUUCAACAACUUGGAUGGGCAGCUGUCUCCUGUAUUACAGGAGGUCUAGCCUUGACCGCCGUGUCUGAUGGGCACGUCUCUUUGAUCUUGGGUAUUGUCAUUCUCGCCGUCGUGGCUUUACUCAUCUCAUUUGUGGGAUUGAACGCUAUUCUCAUCUAUGAACGAUAUGCUUGGUUUGUCUUCUUCAUCAUUUUCAUGAUCAUCUUCGGCCAGACUGGAAAAUAUGCCGAUAACACAUCGCCCCCUACCGUCAGCGGGCUCACCUUCUCAGGCGCUUGUCUGAAUCUCUUUGCCGUUGUCUAUGGAUCCAGCGCCUCAUGGUGCACAAUGGCUAGUGACUACUAUGUUCACUACCCCACCAACGUGAAUCGCGUCAAGGUAUUCCUCAUGACUACCUUUGGUAUCUGUAUCCCCACCUCCAUCGGCAUGGUAGCUGGUUGUGUCGUCGCUUCUGCAUUGAACAACAAGCCCGAAUGGGCAGAUACAUACGACAAUCAAGGAGUCGGAUAUCUGAUUCAAGAAAUGCUCUACCCUCAUGGCUUUGCAAAAUUCCUCCUCACACUCCUCGUUCUCUCCGGAAUCAACGUCAACGUCAUCAGUAUCUACAGUUCCGCCAUUUCUUUCCAACAAAUCUCAAGACCUUUCGCUCGUAUCCCUCGAUUCAUCUGGACCCUUUUCUGCUUCGCUUUGAUUCUUGCCCUAUCCAUUGGCGGCCGACAGAAGCUGAACACUUAUCUACAGGAUUUCCUGAGCUUGCUGGGAUAUUGGUGUACCAGCUAUGCUGUGAUUCUUUUUGAGGAACACUACAUCUUCCGUAAGGGCAGAUAUGAGAAUUACGAUUUAGAAGGAUGGAAUGAUCCAUCCAGACUGCCCCUGGGUAUUGGCGCUGGUGUCGCCUUCGGGCUUGGAAUUGUCGCGUGGGUCAUGGGUAUGGAUGAGACAUGGUUCGUUGGGCCUCUUGCUAAGUUGAUCGGAGAUGCUGGAGGCGAUGUCGCUAACCAGUUUACGUUUGUCGUGACGGCUUUGACAUACAUACCGGCAAGAUAUUUGGAGAUGAAGUAUGUGGGCCGGUAA